UGCAGAGGCGGCCUAUCUGACUAAACUUAGAGUUGAUGGCAUAACCAGGGAACCCAUUCGGGAAUUGACCACCUCAUCCAGAUGUUUGAUCCAGCUGAGGACUGGGAAGUCUCCUAGGACAAAGGGGCUGGCUGACCACGGAUGAGGCCCAUCCAGACUUGGGACAAAAUGGCUGCCAAGGAAGGGACCCAGUCAAGCUUCGGCCUCCGGUUUCAUGCCGAGCUGGAGCAAGGAAUGCAUCAGCGGAUUAAAAUGGAGGAGGAAGAGCCUGCGGGUUCCACGUCUGGAGAAGGCUCGGAGGAAGUGUCUCACCUCCUGCAGGCUGGAAGCUUUCGGGAGUUCUGGCCAAGGCCAUCCGGGGACCAGGAAGGCGGAGAUGGGCUCCUCCAGCGGUGGGAGGCCCAGUGGCAGGAGUUUCUGCAGAAACUGGAGUACCCUCACUCAGAAUGGGAGGCACCCCAGUUGCUGGAGGAGCCCACCCCCUGGGAUAACACCAAGGCCUUCUUGGCAUCUUUUGAACAAGUGGCCCAGGCCUGUCAGUGGCCCAGAGAAGACUGGAUGGCCCGUCUCUUGCCUGCCCUGAGCGGGGAAGCAGAGCAGAUCUUCAGCAACCUGGACACCAGAGACCGGGUGGACUAUGACAAGGUGAAAGCCGCAAUCAUGAGGGGGGACGCUCUUUCCAGGGAGCGGCAGCGGCAGAACUUCCGCCGGUUCUGCUACCAGGAGGCCGAAGGCCCCAGGGGCGUCUACAGCCAGCUCCAGAAACUUUGUCAUCGGUGGCUGAAGGUGGAGAGACACUCCAAGGAGCAGAUUUUGGAGCUGCUGAUCCUGGAGCAGUUCCUGGCCAUCCUGCCCCCAGAGAUGCAAAGUUGGGUCCGGGAACACGGUCCGGAAACGUGCUCCCAGGCGGUUUCCCUGGCCGAGGAUUUCCUGCAAAGGCAACCCCCCGAGGCAGGUUGGGAAGAAGAGGAGUUGGGACCCAUUGAAGAGAUUUCGCUGGACUUCUCCGAGGGAGAAGACUCACCAUCGAACGAGGCCGAUGGGGAUGUUCAUGAGAGAGAUGUUGAUUCCUUGGGAUGGUCAUGCAUAAAUGAGAAGAUGGCCCAUGCCGAAAGUUUUGACCAAGUUUUCAACAGGACCCUGAGACGGGGGAGACUGGAGAACAAAGUUUCCCACUUUGGGCAGGAGGAUGACGUCCUGCAGGGAUGGUACCGAGCCGAGAGGAAGAAAGCAAGUGGCCUGCCAGACAGGGAGGAAUCUGGCUCCCCCCCAUGGGAGGGCGAGGAAUUGCUGGACGGUCCCAGGGAUGAUGAGCAAUUCUACGAAGGAAAAGACGCCUACCUGGUGAGCGGGUGGAACUUCAGGCAAAGAGCCGACCUGAUUAAACACGAGAAAAACGAUUUUUACAAAUUCUCUGACGGUGGGAGGAGCUUCCUGUCCGGCAACGAGAACGAUGAGGAGAAGAAGCCGCACCAAUGCCCCGAGUGUGGCAAGUCCUUUAUUGCCAAAGCCCACCUGAUCAUCCAUCAGCGGAUCCACACCGGAGAGCGGCCCUUUAAAUGUCUGUCCUGUGGGAAGACCUUCACCCAGCGCUCGAACCUCACCGUCCAUCAGCGCAUCCACACGGGCGUGAAACCCUUCCAGUGCUCGGACUGUGGGAAAAGUUUCUGCUCCAGCACCAACCUCAGCAAACACCAGAGCGUCCACGUGAAAGGGGCCCCGUACAAAUGCUUAGCCUGCGGGAAAAGCUUCAAGGUCCACGCCCACUUUAUCGCCCACAAAAGGAUCCACGCCAGGCGGAAGCUUCACUCCUGUCCGGACUGCGGGAAAUCUUUCCUCGCCGCAUUGCAUCUCAUCAUCCACCAGCGAAUUCAUACCGGAGAGAAACCCUACAAAUGCUUGGAGUGCGGGAAAACCUUUAGCCAGAACGCUCACCUCAAAGUGCACCAGAAAAUCCACAAGAAAGGGAAGCGGUUUCAAUGCGCCGACUGCGGCGAUAGCUUCCACUCCCGGCUCAACCUCAGCCAGCAUCAAACUCUCCACUCCGCCCAAAACCCUUACAAGUGCACCGAAUGCGACAAGUCCUUCCGCCUCAACUCCCACCUGAUGGCGCACAAGCGGAAUCACGCCGCCAAAAAACCACACAAGUGCUCCUACUGCGGGAAAGCUUUCUUCACCAAAUCCUACUUCAUCAUCCACCAGAGGAUCCACACCGGGGAGAGGCCAUUCAAGUGCUUGACGUGCGGGAAAUGCUUCAGCCAAAGCUCCCACCUGAACGUCCACAAGCGCACCCACACUGGGGUGAAGCCCUUCCCGUGUUCUCACUGCGGGCAGAGUUUCAGCUCCAGCACCAACCUGCUGAAGCACCAGAGGAUCCACACGGGAGAAAACCUGUACAUCUGCUCAGACUGCGGGAAAAGCUUCAAGGUGCACUCCCACCUGAUUGCCCAUAAGAGAAUGCACGCGGCCAAGAAGCCCCACAAGUGCUCCUAUUGCGGGAAGUCCUUCUUCGCCAAGUCCUACCUCAUCAUCCACCAGAGGAUCCACACCGGGGAGAGGCCCUACAAGUGCUUGGCUUGCGGCAAGAGCUUCACGCAGAGCUCCAACCUGACGGUGCACGAGCGCACCCACGCGGGCAAGAACCCGUUCCAGUGCUCGGACUGCGGGAAGAGCUUCAAGGUGAGCUCGCACCUGCUGGCCCACAAGAAAAUCCACGAAACGAAGAAGCCACACAAGUGCUCCUACUGCAACAAGUCCUUUGUUUUCAAGUCGUACCUGAUCAUCCACGAGCGGAUGCACACGGGCGAGCGGCCGUUCAAGUGCCUGGCCUGCGGGAAAAGCUUCAGUCAGAGUUCCCACCUCAACGUCCACAAAAGGACGCACUUGGGGAAGAAGCCGUACCAGUGUUCCGAAUGCGGGAAAAGUUUCCGCGUGAGUUCCCAGCUCCUGGCCCACAAAACCAUCCACACAGCUAAAAAGGCCUACCCUGACCCGACUAGCAACGCCAACAGCAACACCAACAGCAGUAACAACAACAACGGCAAUAGCAAUAAAUGCCUGGAUUGCGGGAAAACCUUCAUUUCCAAGUCCUACCUGAUCAUCCAUCAGAGGAUCCACACCGGGGAGAGACCCUACAAAUGCCUGGUGUGCGGGAAAUGCUUCAGCCAGAGCUCACACCUGACGGUCCACCAGAAGACCCACCGGCGGGUGAAGAUGUUCCCGUGCUCCGAGUGCGAGGAGAGCUUCAAUUCCCACAUGAAGCUGUUGAAGCACCAGAGGAUUCACAUGAAAGGGAAUCCCUUCCAGUGCCUGGAUUGCGGGAAAUCGUUUGUCACCAAAUCCCAACUCAUCAUCCAUCAGAGGAGCCACACGGGGGAGAGGCCGUACAAGUGCUUGGACUGCGGGAAAGGGUUCAGCCAGAGCUCCAAUCUGAUCCGGCAUCAGCGGAUUCACUCGGGGGAGAACCCCUAUAAAUGUUCGGACUGUGGGAAGAGCUUCUGCUCGCACGAGAAUCUGAUUAAACACCAGAGAAUCCACACCUAACGAGCUGUUGAUAAAAGAGGGGGGCCGGUAUUUCUCAGCCUUGAGGACUUUUAAGAUGCGUGGACUUCAACUCCCAGAAUUCCCCAGCCCGCUUUGCUUCUGAAUUUUGAAUUCUGGGAGUUGAAGUCUGUGCAUCUUGAGAAACACUAUUAUGGAUCAUUAGCCAAGUGUCUGCCAGGAAGACCCUACUAGGAGAAAAUGCGGUUUUGCUGUCACAACAUGACAAGUUGCUGCUCAUCAGAGCAUCGAGAUGUAUCAUGUCAAGGCAGAGAAAAAGGAAGACGCCUCCCGGGGGGGGGGAGUUUCUCCCAUGUAUUUGGAAGCCUUUACUCAGAAUUUGAACUGGGUACUGUCUUUAAACUGAGGAGCUAAGAGGGUUCAGAGAGUGUGAUUCUGCAUCCGUCAGCCAGCUUCAAAGGGCCUCUUAAGGACCAUCAGCCAAGCUGUUUCUUGGCAUCCGUUAAGUAGUCACUGCAGAGAAGUUUCUUUUGAAUUAGACUUAAUCUCCCAUCUUUUCUUCAGGCCUACAAAGGGAUCUCCUUUUAUCUUAGCAGCACAAACGAUGACUCUGCCAGGAAGGGACAGUCCCGGUCCCUCAAGGGCCUUCCAAGUCUAUAAGGAUAGACAGACGUGAAGCUGGAUCUCCCAUCGUCCUGCUCUGCUCCACGAUCACCAUGCCACGCUGAUCUUGGAAUCUCUUCUGCUAGCUAGAAAUUUUCACGAAGGUUUGUUUACCUUAAAGAAAGGCAACCCAGCAUCCUCCUUCAUGUGGAUUCCUGUCUCCACACGUACAAAGAUUGUGGGGGUGGCAGUUUAAAGCAUGUCAAAGACGGGGUGGGGGUGUUGGAGCCUAGCCUUGAUUCCUUCCAACUAGCAUCACUCUUUAGAUCAGGGGUGUCAAACUCGAUUUCAUUGAGGGUCGCAUCAGGGUUGUGUUUGACCUGGGGGGGGGAGGAGGAGUUGAGACCAGGGUGGGCAUGGCCAGCUCGACAUCACUCGUUUCGGAGGCACUUGUGGUGACCAAGUACUAAGGCAGGACUUCCCUCAGAC